UGAAAUCCAUUGGCCCCGUCGAGAUUGAGCAGGAGGAAAAUAUGGUGCCGCGUCAACACACUUGGGAAUGGCAAGACUUGGAGCGAGGCACGGGAAUUCGAUUGCAUUUGUCGAUUGGAGUGACAGAUGAGGCAGCAUGGUGCUCUUGCGCAACCUCGGUCUGUCGUCGCUCACGCCGUCCGUGCUGGAGCUCUUUGCCGCGCAGGGCAUCCUUACAGCGGAGGAUUUUGUCGCGCACGAGCUACACAAGGUAUCCGCGGCAGCAGGGCAAAGGUCUGAAUCGUCCGAGUUCAAGGAGGCUGUCGCUGAGCUUUUGUCCUACCUCGAGAACCGGCAAGGUGGUUGGUGCAAUGGUUUUGAGCUCUCUCAGAAAGAAGUUCGUUACCUUCCUCUGGGUUGUGAAAGCAUCGACAAUCUGCUCCGUGGAGGGAUGCAGGAGGGAACAAUAACAGAGCUGGUGGGCGUAUCAUCAACCGGUAAAACUCAAAUGUGCAUGCAGGCUGCCGCACAUGCUGCAUACAAGCUCCGUUGCUCCGUCAUAUACAUAGACACCUGCGGAGCAUUUUCUGCGCAGCGUAUCGCGCACAUGUUGGGUGGGAUGCUAGGAUCUCUGGUCCAAGUCGAGGAACAACGGGAUGGCCUGACCCUCGCCAUGAAAAGCAUCCAAAGGCGUGCAUAUUUCGAUAUCUUCUCAGUGCUGGCUUUUCUUCAAGACCUCCACACCACUUUGCAAGCUUGCGCAGAGCAUUCCAGCCUUCGGCUUUUGAUAAUUGACUCCAUUUCAUCGGUUAUUUCUCCCGUCCUUGGAGGCAACCAUUCGCAAGGUCAUGCAUUGAUGAUCAGUGUGGGUCAGAUUCUAAAGAAGCUGGCAACAACAUAUAAACUGGCGGUGUUGAUCACAAAUCACACUGUAGCCGGAGAUGGAGGUCAGCCAAAGCCAGCCUUAGGAGGAAGUUGGAAGUCCGUACCUCAUACCAGACUCAUGCUGAGCCAUGACUCCUCAAAUGAUGUCUACACAAUCUCCUCUCUGAAACACACGUCUCUGUCAUGUACCAAACAAGCAGCUUUCCGUGUCGGUAGAGCUGGUCUUGACUCUGUAGUUGGUGCAAGGAGAAUAUCUGAGUGACUAGGAAAAAUGGUGGGUAAUAGGGCAACGCGACAAAGGAAGAUUCUAGGAUCAACGAGGAUAUUAUUCUGAAGCCUUCGACAAUCCAAGGCACCUUCGCUCUGCGCUAUGAACUAGGUUAGAAGGGAACUCAAAUCUUCUGGAUGGAUUGCGCAAGUUGACGGAGAACAGAAGAAGAGCAAAGAAAUGGUUCAAGAAAGAAUGUCAGAGUCUGAAUUUCCAGUUCUAGUUAGAUGUAUACUAAAUUAAAACAUAUGAUCGAGAACUGCUAGUAACUACGCUGUAGUCAUCCGUAAACUAACGAAUGGAUUACUUUUCAUUAUAGUCAUACAAAUUUAGCACGCGGUAACGCACCUAUGAUGCUCGGGGAACAAUUAUCAGGAGUCCCAUUAUAUCAUCCAGAACAGGCUUCACUAGAAGGGGGAGUCAAAAUGUCAUUUGCAACCAAAACUUUGGUUCUCAAUCAGGCAUCAACUCCGUUUUUAUUUGCAUGUCCAAGACGUGUACAAUUAGUACGAAAUUUGCUAAAUAAAGGUGUGUUUGAGUUAGUUAGUCUUGACAAGGUUAGGAAUACUUGCCAAUGUCGGAAGAAUGCCCACCAUGAGAGUACACAUGAGAAGAAUAACAGAUACGUUAUAGGCACAACACGUGGACACCCCCGAAUAGAAACUGAUGUUCCUACGAAGAUACAUUCAGUACAUAUGGGUGCACUUGUGACGACACACCUCACAGAGGUAAUCUCUACAAUACCGUCCCUGUAUUGCACCGGGGGCUUCAUCUUGUGGUCCACUGAUGACACAAUCUCUUCUGUACCUGGCUGAACAAUCUAAAUGAUUUCUAAACAACGAAUUCUAAAGUAGGUUGUGAACCAUUCUAACUAGGGCAAAUGUGCUGAAUGUCAAUCCUCUUGCUUAAGUUUCAAUUUAGAUUUCCCCUCUUCUGAGUGAAUUUGCAACUUUUCAUAUUUGCAUAUGUCGCAGUGGUCUAAGCAGACCGCAGAACAUCCUCAUGCCGUCCUACAUCUUAAAAGGAGUCCUGAAAGAAAGCUGUAAAGGCGCCGACUCGAAGAAGUAUUUAUUCUUCUUAAGGGCCUUGACCACUUACUGAUUUUAUCAUUGUACACAGCGUCAGGCCUGACCCUAGUGGUGGCUCUGACAGAUUUUUCUUUCCAUAAACUGUCCUGUCAAUGAGGACUUCUUGCCUAACCAUGGAGAACUGUAUAUUUCACAAUGUGUGAGGGACAUACAGAUUGUCUUGACUGUCAUGACCUCUGGCUCUCGAACGCAAGCUUGCCGCCUCAUCUCUCCAUCUUCUCUUCGGGGCAACCAAUCCAGAGGAAGUUCUUAUAAGUUGGUCAGUUGCCA